AUGAUGUUCCGGGACCAGGUGGGGAUUCUGACGGACUGGUUUAAGGGCUGGAACGAGUGUGAGCAGACGGUGGCCCUGCUGUCUCUGCUGAAGAGAGUCUCCCGCACACAGGCCAGGUUUCUGCACAUCUGCCUGGAGCACUGGCUGGCCGACUGCACGGACAUACACAUACUGGAGGCAGAGGCCAACAACGCAGCCAUCGUCAGCCAAUGGCAGCAGGAGCCCAAGGAGAAGGCGGUGUCCCUGCUGCUCUCCCAUCUCCCCCUGCUGCAGCCGCGGAACAGCGAGGCCAAGUGCGAGUACAUGAAGCUGCUGCAGAAGGUUCUGAGCCACACCAUAGAGAGCAGCCUGUUCGUGGAGGAGAGCCGUCAGCUCCUCUCCUACGCCCUCAUACACCCCGCUACCACCCUGGAGGACCGCACCUCCCUCGCCAUGUGGCUCAACCACCUGGAGGAACACUUGUCCUCGCGGCCCCCCCCUCCGCCCGGCCCUUACCACGCCCGCCAGGGCUCCGACGAGUGGCCGGGCCCGGCCGAGGCCCUGGAGGCUGCCCACCCCUGGCACGACAAGCCGCCGCCCUCCUGUGCGUCCCCCGCAGGCCAGAAUGGACACAUGCCCUUCCCUGGAGCCGGAGGGGUACCGUCUCCAAGCAACACCAACAACACAGGUGUUCCAGGCCAGGUGCAGCCCAGCCCAUUAAAAAGGUCUAUGUCUGUCAUCCCGGCCAGUCCGCAAGCGUGCGGAUCUGACUGGCUCAGUCAGGAGGACGUGAGUAUCCGUCAGGCGCCCGGGGGGGUGGAUCACGCCCCCCUCUCCCCCCAGAGCAGCGUGGCAUCGUCCGGCAGCGAACAGACUGAGGAACAGGGCUCCACGCGGAAUACUUUUCAGGAGGACGGCAGUGGCAUGAAAGACGUCCCUGCGUGGCUGAAGAGUCUUCGUCUGCAUAAAUAUGCCUCCCUCUUCUCCCAGAUGACAUAUGAGGAGAUGAUGAUACUCACUGAACAACAUCUGGAGUCUCAGAAUGUGACCAAAGGUGCCCGCCACAAAAUAGCCCUGAGCAUCCAGAAACUGCGAGAGAGACAGAGCGUGCUCAAGUCCUUAGAGAAGGACAUCCUGGAAGGCGGGAAUGUCCGUAAUGCGCUGCAGGAGUUACAGCAGAUCAUCAUCACGCCAAUCAAACCCUACACCCCGCCCACCGCAGCCCAGAGGGAGGCGGAGCCUGGUGCCACGCCCACCGAGAAGGAUGCCAAGCCGGCCGAAGACAAGGACACGCCCGUGGAGGGGUAUCAAUCCCACAAUCCCCCUCCCUGCGAUGGAGAAUCCUCCGCUGCGCCCAUUUCUGAAGGAGACAUUCCGGGCCAGUUCACCCGAGUCAUGGGGAAAGUGUGUACACAGUUGCUGGUGUCCCGGCCGGAUGAGGAGAACAUCAGCUGUUACCUGCAGCUCAUAGAGAAGUGUCUGGCCCAUGAGGCAUUCACAGAGACGCAGAAGAAGAGGUUGGUGUCAUGGAAACAGCAGGCGCUGAAACUCCUCCGUCUGUUCCCACGCAAAGCCAUGCUGGACAUGCCCAUGUACCGACAGAAAGGCUGGGCAUACGGCUCAAACUCCCUCCCCACGGCGGGUUCUGUGAGUGGGGGUUUGGGUCGGCGGGGACAGAGGCAGUUCCCAAUGCCCCCCAGAGGGCUGCCCCCCACCCGGAUGGGUCUCAUGAGUCCUGGAGGUCUGGGAGGGGCGUCUCCACGCCACACCCUCACCAACCCUGCUCUGCCUGGACAGGGACGACAGAAUCUGUGGUUUGCCAAUCCUGGUGGGAGUAACAGCAUGCCGAGUCAGAGUCGCAGUCACGUGCAGAGAACACACUCGCUACCGGUCCACACGUCCCCACAAACCAUGCUCCUGUUCCAACAGCAAGAAUGCCAAGUUCCAGGCACAGACCUGGAGAUUAACCCCACGCUGGAGUCACUGUGCCUCAGUAUGACAGAGCACGCCUUAGGGGAUGGAAUGGACAGAACAUCGACAAUAUGAAAAGAAAGACAAUGAAAAGAAAGCAACAACAACAACGACAACAACAAAAACAAAGAAAUGAAAAUGAAACCCCAGAAUCUUCACUUUGUAACUGAGUUGUGAGUGGUCUCUCCUAGCCCAGCACAUGAGUGUAUGCUUAUGCUUCAGCGGAGGAAAA